CCCCCCCCCACCGCGAUACUUCUUUGUGACACGAGAACGAAUCGAGUCUACUACCGGAAGUGCUAUAUUCGCCUCUUCCUUUUACGAGUGUCCGCCAUAUUGGAAGCAGCAUGAGCACACCGGUGUUCAUAGAUUUGCCUAUUCCUGAGCAGGCACAGGAGCUGAGAAUAUAUCUGAAAUCAUUGGGUGCCACUAUAUCAGAGGAACCGUCAGAAGAUGGAAUCCACACAGAUCUUAGGAACAUCAUAGAAGCUACAAAUGUCUGCUGGACAGAAAUCAGCAAUGAAACAGAUCUCGAGAUGAUCUUCAACAGCAUCAUAUCACUAAUCCUAGCCUUGCCUCAGGAUGAGAUGGCUGAACCAGUCACUAUGUUCUGUGAGAAAGUUGGAAAACAGCAGAAAACAGACAAAAGAUCACAGAACAGAAUUAAAGUGUUGUCCAAUCUGUUUUACGGUAUUGAUGAAAAAUCUGUACUUCGUGCUGAUGUUUACGUUGCCAUGGUAAAAUUAGCUCAUCAGUCAGACCUCAUACAAAUGGUGGACACAGACUUAGACAAGGUGAAGAAAUGGACAUCUAUGUGGGACAUCAGCACAAAAAAAUUACAGAAUCUGCUAAGGAAUUUACAUGAUGCUCUUAUAGACUCCAAAUUAAGUGAAAAUGCUACGAAAGUAAUGAUAGAUCUACUCGGAUCUUACACGGAGGACAAUGCCUCUCAAGCUCGGGACGAUGCCCACAGGUGUAUAGUAACACACUUAGGAGAUCCGAAUACCUUCCUCAUGGACCAUCUUCUCACUCUUAAACCAGUGAAGUUUCUUGAAGGGGAGCUUAUACAUGAUCUUUUGACGAUAUUUGUUUCCGGAAAGAUAUCACAGUACCAGCAGUUCUACAAGAACAAUACUGACUUUGUCAAAUCUUUAUGCCUCUCUCAUGACCAGAACAUGAGGAAGAUGCGUUUACUGACAUUUAUGCAGAUGGCCGAGAAUAGGACUGAGAUUGAGUACAGCAUUUUGGAGGAAGAAAUGCUGAUCGGUCCCGAGGAGAUUGAACCGUUCAUCAUCGAUGUACUGAGAACGAAGGCUGUGAGAGCCAAAGUUGAUCAGAUGCAAAAGAAAGUUCUGAUCAGCUCGACCACCCACCGGACAUUUGGUCGUCAACAGUGGCAGAUGUUGAAACAACACCUGAUACAGUGGAAGGAGAACCUUAAAGGCGUACAGGCCAGUCUAUCACAACUCGAUCUUAUCAACAACCAGAAUACCACCGCGUAGUCCCUCGAGUAGACAACCCUAGAUCUCUGGUCAGUUAGGCUGGUCAGCGGUCACCGUUCUAUGGACUUUGGAAAGAGACUAAUCAUUAUUAUCAACCUUUAGGGGAGCGAAUAUCUUCCUUGUCGUAUUGUAAAGGGACUAAUUGUAAGAAAGCAGUUGGUCUUUAUCCAGCGUGGAUUCAGGAUUUUAGUUCUGAUACGCUUAUUUAUAUUAUAGGUCUUAAAAAAACCUCGGUUCAGAGAGUACAAACACGUGACUUACACCAGUGCAGGAGCUGGUUUGUGUAAAUUCUCCUGCUACAGUUGGUAAUUUGGAGAUUUGAUGGGUGAAAUAUUUGUUGAAUCAAAAGGUAAAUGAUCUGCCAUUCAUUAUUUAUUUGUAAAAAGUGUACCCAUCAAAUUUCAGGUUUCUACUGUAUGUUAUUAUCUGAAGUGCUCUGUCAAUUUGUUUAAAAGUUCUUCUCUUUGUAAACCAUCAUGGAAAAUAUUGAAUUGGAAAUUUCAACAAAGUGCAAAUAUUUCAAAAUAAAAUGUUCAACAAAAAU